AUGACGGAAAACGAGGACAAUGCUAAAGCUCAAAUACGCUCUAUUCUCGGACCGACUAAAGAUGCUGAAUUCCUCCAAAGUUUCGUAAGAGUUGGCAUCGGAGAUGACGAGGACGAGAUCCCGGUGCCCAAGGCCUCGAUCAGCAAGCGCGCUCCACCCACCGCGGACAAAGAAUCUAACAUCGAAGAUGACAAAUUCUCCGGAUCCCUCCGAAGGGAAUCGACUAAGCCGGAGAAGAAAAAGACCCGUCGCCGACAGAAACGGGAGAGAAGACGCCGCGAGGAGGAACUGUACACGGACAAAGACCGAGCUGCAGCCGUGGUGAUGGGUUCGAAGGAUAUCAAACUGUCUCUGAACAUUAAGGAUAAGACGGAGAGAAGCAACGCUCUGCAGAUACCGGCCGAGGCCGACUCUGGGACGCUUUUAGCUCUGGCGCGAGCUGAGCUAAUGCGGGAACGAUACCGCACUGCGCUAUCCUUUGUAAACAAGGCGAUCGAGUUGGCCCCGGACGAGAAGGCUGCAUACGUGGCGCGCAGCAAGUGCUACUUGCUGUUGGGGGAGCCGCGCAAGGCGCUGGCGGAUGCGGAGACAGCGCUCACCCUGGACCCGAAGCACGCGAAGGCGCUGCUGCAGAAGGCCGAGGCGCUGUACUACUGCGGGGAGUUCGAGAUGAGUCUGGUCCACUACCACCGAGGUCUGCGCGCCAGACCCGACCUCAAUGAGUUCAGAUUGGGAGUUCAAAAGGCACAGGAAGCUAUCGAAAACACCAUUGGGUCCGUGAAACAAGUUCAAAGAGCAACGAAACGAACGGCAGCCAAGUCUUCGCGACCGGCCCUCGGCCAGCUCAUGUCUGAUAAGAUAUAUUUGGAGAACCUCUUGAAAAACCCCAACUUGGCCAUAGCGGAUAAGAAAAACGACGUAGUGAUGAAGCAGGCUGAGGAAGCGUUACGUUUUCUUGAAAAUAGAGAGGAGUUUUGGAGACAACAACAAACGUCCACGCGACACUAG